UUCCAACGCCUUUCCCACUCGUCGGUCAAACACAUCACUGACCCUGUCCAGGCUCGCCACCACACGUACCACAGCACCCGCAUCAGCAGCAGCAGACAGAAGAAGAAGACAGCCGACUGGGAAUGGAGAACUUUAGCAGCGACUCGACGAAUUCGCCGUUGGCCCGGAGGUCGGCGGCGUCGGACGAGGAUAUGUCGUACGCGACGGUGUCGUCGGCGCCGCCCAAGCGGCGAGCCGGGCGCACCAAGUUCCGGGAGACGCGGCACCCCGUGUACAAGGGCGUCCGGCGGCGCAACGGGGACAAGUGGGUGUGCGAGGUCCGGGAGCCCAACAAGAAGUCGAGGAUCUGGCUGGGCACCUUCCCCACCGCCGAGAUGGCCGCCCGCGCUCACGACGUGGCCGCCAUGGCCCUGCGCGGCCGCUCCGCCUGCCUCAACUUCGCCGACUCCCCGUUGCGGCUCCCCGUGCCGGAGUCGUCCAGUCCCGCCGACAUCCGCAGGGCGGCGGCCCGCGCGGCCGAGGCCUUCCUGCCGCACCCUGACCCGGACGCUCCCGAGCCAAUGCAGGACCAGAAUACAACGUCGUGCGAGACCGCGGGGACGUCGGCGGCAGCCUGUGAUCCAUUCCUCGUGGAAGACGGUCUCAACUUCGGAAUGCAAGGGUACCUGGACAUGGCGGAGGGGUUGUUGAUCGAUCCGCCACCGCCGCUGCCGACGAACGAUGACGACGACGAGAGCGACGGCAACGUGUCUCUGUGGAGCUAUUCCAUCUGAGACCGGAGGGAAGCAUCCUGUACAGCAUAGGCAAAAAUUGCUGCUUCGCCGGAAUUGGUGGCCAAUUCACUGCCUCGUUUACGUUAGGAAAACAACUGCAUAAACAAAAUAGAAUCAACAUAUACCAAAGAAGUCUUUCAAAUAAAGGAGGGAGGGAAACAAGGCCAGAGUUGAGUAGAGUUGUCAAGAAGCAAUAUAUGGUUAGAGCUGUCUUGGGGGAUUCAUUAGAAGUGAAAUAUUAUUAUCGCUUCUUGCUGAAAAGAAGCAAAUCCGACUUCUACAUUCUUCGGCAAUAAGGGAUGCGGCAACUAUUGGUCGUGUCUAUUGAGAUAACGUUCAAGGAAAAGUAGGUGAGAUGGCAGCGCUUCAUUGGCGAGGAAAGCGGCCCCACGAUCACGCUUUAAAAGGACCCACCGUCCAUCGCGGGAUCCGUGCUGUAGAAUGAGCGCCUCAUUUAGUCAAUAUCCUUAUCUCAACAAAGAUUCUGGAAUGUCCAUGUCGGCUGCUUCCGCAGAUAUGGUCUGAGAGGUCUCACCUAUUCAAGGAAGGUUGGCACGAGAGGGUUCCUCGGAAGGUUCUUCGGCGGAAUCUUUUGGGUACGGAACAAUCCACUGACGCGGCUUCUGGGUUUUCAUGGGUCCCGUGGAAAUGAGAUACAUUGAACUCGACCUGUGGAAACCUUCCAAGGAGCCCGUGGUGCGAAAACUCCGGUUUGGAUUGGUUUUCCUGACCUACUCUAGAGGAAGCGCUGUCCAUUUACGUGUCUCGAUGCCACGUGGGAUAUAAGUAUCUAGAAAAACCAGAAAUGCUUUGUAACACGACAAAAAGUCACGCGUCACGUGCCUCACACUCGAGCCCUGAUCUCUCGGGCCCCAAACUCAUCGAUGUGUGUUCCCAAUCAACCGUUGGAAAAUUUAUUUGCUGAUUAA